AUGAUGAUAGUGUUUGUGUAUGACACACAAUGCUGUCUGUCUGAGGAAGAUGAUCCGGCUGAUGCUGUACUGUAUUUUCAUCCUGGCUGGGUGUCUGAUACACAGAGACUGGCACUGGCUGGGCAGGUCGUUGGCGUGGCUCACUGUACCAAGUCACUGUUCUCUCAACCACUGGCCAUAACGCUGCAGAGCGGCAAGUUCAUUAUCAGAGAAUAUGGCAGAUAUAUACUGGCUAUAGGCAGCGACAGAAACAUCCCCGACUGGGUGUUGAAGAACCGCGCCAGUCUCCUCACCUCCAUGAUAAGAGUGUAUCACAGGGAUCUACAAACGCUAGCUGACGCUAUGGAAGACAGCCGCCGCCUGGCUGAGAAGAUGUACCAGAUAUUUGAGACCUACCUACCUGUAUUACAAUACGGAUGUCAUAUAUUCCAACGAGUGCCCAUGCUGAGUCUACCAAAGAGUGCUACAUCAGUGUAUAUGGAAUCCAUGCAGAUAUUGGAACACUGCAGACGGAGUAGAGGCGUGCUGGGAGGCGUUAUACUAUAUAAUAAUAAAAUAAUCUCCACUCAACUCCCUCCAAGUCUGACCUCAUAUUUAACAGUAGUGGACCCGUAUAGGAUUAAAUCACCGGCUGAAAAUUUGGAGACGAAAGUCCCUUUACCGCUUGGAGCUCAGCUGUUAGUGGUUUACGUGGGAAAGAAAACAUAUUACAAUUUGAAGAAACAAGCUGACAAACUACAAGAGUUCUACCAGAAAGGAGAGGAAAUGAUUGCUAGAUUCAAGAAGAUGCAAGAGGCGGAAAGAGAGAGAGUUCGUGAUCAUCCUCAAUCGGGAAUGAAGAGGGAUAAGUCGUUACUGUUCACAGCUGUGCCUGAAGAAGAUCAUACCAUGAUAUCACCACCGAAUAAAGAAGGUUCUGUGCCACGGAAACCGAGCAUGCCUGAUGUAGUACCAUUUACGAAUAAACCUAGGCCUAGACCUAACAAAUUAUCGCUUACAUUCAAAACACAGAAGAGUUUAGACGAGGAUGUUAAAGAGAAUGAAAUUACCGAGAAAGUGUUUACCGGACAGACGAGCGUCGUGUCAACACCUAUGGUGGAAUAUAAACGUUUACACGGAAACAUGCUAUCCAUAUGUCAAAACCCUGAUGCUGAUGAGAAACUGGAAAUAGAACCUGAUGUUGUUAAAAUAGAUAGUUUGAAAUCUACCGAGAAGAGAGAUAGAGUGUUAGAUAGUAAUAGUAUUGGAGAACACUUUAUUAAUAAACCGGAGCCUAUACGGAAGUUAGCGAGCGUUACGGACUUACAAGAGACGUUUAGAAAAUUGUCGACAAGAGCUUCUUCUAAUAUGAAGCUUAAAAGAUCUAAGAUAGAAGACGAAACAACACCCUCCCCGGAAAGCAAAGGACAGAACACAAUGACAAUCAACGAUCCAUUAUUCCCGGUUUUCAGAAACGACGGCGUCGCUAUAUCCGAAUCGCUCUUCAAUCAGUAUCUAGAACAGUAUUAUUCCGGUAUUAAACAUUCCAAGGAGAACAGCGUGUUUAAUUUUAAUCUUAAGUUAGGCGAGUUAGACAAGUUUAAAGAUUUCGAUUCGGAAUUAAUGAAGUCUCCGCAGAGAACACCUAAAAGGGUAGCGAAGGAUUCAAACACAGUUCAAACGGACCAGUCGAGGCGGAAAACGCUGUCCUUACCUUUAAAGUCGCUCUCGGAAAGUACAGAGACACAGAUAAAUACGGAUUCAGAUACAAUGAGUUUUAAGAAGAAAUUAUCUGGAGUACAACUGACGCCGUUGAUGGAGAAGCUGAGCCAUUUAGCGUUCUCAGACAAGUCGAGCGGAUAUAGCAGCAGAGUCAUGACUCCCUUGGAAAUAAGAGAGUUACUCACACCGGCCUUGGACAAACAAGUCAACUUCACUGAAAGGAAGCGGUCCCGCCUAGAAGACAGUUCCGAGUCGGAGUCAGACGGCGAGUGUGACGUGGACUCUCUCCCCACCUAUAGCUCUCAGUCCGUGAGGUGCGCGCUGUUCGUGAGCGGACUACACAACAUGGCGCUGCUCGAACUACUAGAUCUGGAUGCCGCUGAUGACACACAGACCAUCAACACGCUCUGGGAAGCUUCUCUAAACGCUCUGGGUCCGAUCGAGCAGAAGUGUAUGGAGCCGCCAGCCGCCGAGCCAGACUCGUCUGACUAUAGUUAUCUAUUGCUGGACCCCGACUGGGGCACCGUCAAGAAGGGCGGCCCGUGGGCGGCCUUGGACAUCGCCACCAUGGGCUACAUACAUAACGAGUUCGAGGAACAACCGGAUUUAACUGAGUUCAUAUUACGGAGUGAGGACAGCGUGGUACUGGGCGCCAGCUGCGGCCGUGCGCAGGUGUUCUACCAGGAGAGCGGAGCGCGCGCCCCCGGGCCUCCGCCCCCCUCCGACCUGCUGGCCGCAGCCCCGCUCCGGGCGCGCCGCCGGCUCCACAGAGACCACUCCACACUCAUACUGUAG